AUACCCCAAACUGGGAGGACAAGUUUCUUGAAGCUGGGAGAUAGAAUGAUGAAAACCUUUUGUGCAAAUGUGAGUGCUACCGCAGACAAUCCAUGGAUGAAAAUAACUACUUUUCAUGGUGAUUCAGAUGUGAAAGUCAUGAUCAAGAAUAAUGUAGAAGAUACUGCAAUGCCUCCUGGUACAUCUGCGGUUUUCACUACUUCUGUUUGGCUGGAAGUCUCCCCAAAUCGAUUAUUCAACUUCCUACGUCAUGAGAAUUCCAGAACCAAGUGGGAUAUGCUUUCACAUAGACUUGUUAUUCGAAAAGUCGCGUCCAUACCAAAGGGAGAAAAUCCAGGGAAUUGUGUUUCCUUACUGCGUGCAAAUACCUCACAGGGCAAGCUUCAGAUCUUUUAUCUGCAAGAGAGUUACACAGACUCAACAGGUUCCUACGUGGUAUAUGCUCCACUAGACGAGUCAGCUAUCACAGCUAUUGUAAAGGGAACAAACCCUGAUAGAGUGAUGAUUCUACCAUCAGGGUUUAGUAUACUUCCCGGAAGGUUGCAAGGAGAUGAAGAUAGAGGCACCACUGGAAGCCUUCUAACUGUUGCAUUCCAUGUAUUUGAAAGUGUCACAAAUAAGUCACAUAUCCUUCCUGAGUAUAUCCACACCAUGCGCAAAGUCAUUACAGAUACCGUUACCUCUAUAAAGGACAUAGUGCAGUAUCAUAAUCGACCCAACAAUUGGAUGGAGGAUUCAGAUUUUCUAGUCAGAUUCUAAAUGGCUAUAUGCAGCUCCGGGUUUUAUGUGGCAAAAUGUAAUGUAGUGUGUAGUGUAGACUAUGAUGUUACUUUGUUCUUUUGGGUAUUUCAAUGCUGAAGCACAUGUACAUUGCAGCUAGGUAUUGUGGAAGUUGGUAUAUAUAUACUUUUCUCUCUCUCUUUUUUUUCCCGUGAGUAGUA